GCAGCAAGACAGGAGAGAAAGAUAGAUGACAGACGACCGCCGAAGAACGAUGCUCCUCCUCCAGUCUUCUUUACGCCUGCGCAGCUUUGUGUUGCUAUGUUUUUAGGAUGAUCGGUCGGAUCUGAUGUUGGUUGCAAAAAGAGAAAGAUGAACGACUGAUUGAAAAAUGUUGCAAACAAAGGUAAUAGCAGACACCCAUCCUCCUUGCAAGGUGAUCCCUAGUGGAAAGGUCUACAGACAGAUAUUUGAUGCAGAGGUUCAACUUGUGAAUGCAUUAGAGAAAGCAAAGUUAAAUUCAAAGAAAACGAUUCCUAAAGAUGAUGGCGUUCCACUUGUCAAAGAAAACAGAAAGAAUAUGUGUGAAAGGCCGCUGAAUAAACGUCAAAUGUUAUGGAUUGAGAGCAAACCAAAUGAUGACAAGUCUGAAAAUCCUGUAUUGUAUAGGCAAGAGAUUCUGAAGUCAAUAGAGGCAUCAGUUGAGUCUGAACAUGUAACAGCAGCCCGAGAUGUAAGGGGUCUAAGUGACGUUAUGUGUGCCAAGAAAGCUGGUUCUGAUAUAAUUGAUAGAAUAUCAGAGAGCAGGCAGCAGAGACAUGAAGCAGCUGUAGAAGAUCUUCAUCAGGACUUGACACUCCUUGCUCAUGAUCUAGAACCACAGAUUGCUGCAACUGGGAAAGAAUUGACAUCAAAAAUGCAAGAAAAUGAUGAAGUUAUUGAUCAGUUGCUGUCGAAAAUUGGAGAUGACAAGGAGUUGCAAAAUUAUACAUUACAAGAGCUGGUGGAAUUGUGGGCAGACAUUGCAAAGCAGUCAAAAUUCCGCAGGGAAUGGAUUGUUGAUAUGGAUACUCAGCUUAAUAGCUACGAAGACCAGCGACUGCAGAAAAUUAAAGGCAUUCUCAAGUCAUACGCUAAGUGUCUGGAAGGCAUAGCGCAUCUAAUGCCGCCGGACGUUGACAGAUUCAUCGAGAAAGAGUCCCAGAUCAUCAACCAGACAGUGCUUCAUAAUCGAUGUGCUUACAGCAAUCUAUAUGCUCGAUUAUUGAAGGCAGAUAUUGAGCGCGAGAAGGAUCACUAUCGUGUUUGGGAGGGACGAGUGGAGGAUUGGAGAAAACUCAACACAGAUGUUGCUAUCCAGGCUUUCCUGAAUUACAUGAUGAGUGAUAGCAUUACAAAACCUGUUAAGGUUGAAGAGUUUAUUCAGCAGUUGAGGGAAGAGCAAGAUGAAUUGAAUACAAAAAGGCUCAAUCUAAUUCAUUCACUCAGACAAAUGAAGCCACCGAGCUCUACAAAGGCUGCUGUCUACCAGUGGAAUAAAGAAAUUGGUGUCAUAAACAAACAGAUUGAACAAGUGCAUGUUGCAUACCUCGACAAGAUGCAUGAAGAAUAUGAACAAAUCUGCCAAGAUUGUCUUGUAGAAAUGGAAAAACACAAGAAUUCACUGUUGGAGGCUGGUGUUUGUUCCGAACAGAGUGUCACAUUGGUGAUGGAAGGCAGUUUCUUGCCUCUAAUUGGAGAAAGACAGAGAAUAUUUGAAGAAAUGCUGCAGACAAUGGAUAAAUCCUUGGAAAAUUUGUCAGUGGCAUACUCAAGUCAGUUACAUCACUUGUUCAAAUAUGCACAAGGCGCAGGGCAUCUCUGGGAUGUUCAUGAGAUAGGAUUGGCAAAAAGAGAACGUCAACUGCAAGAAAUGUUAGAAGCAUGUCGUCAUGAACAUGACAAUCAAAAUCAGGAUACUGAAGCCAACCUUGAUAUCAUUAUGGAUAGAAUGAGGCAGGAAGCAACUGAAGAAGUACUCAAAGAUAAACUGCUAAAAGCUAUGCUAGUCCUUGAUAACAUCAAGAGCAGUUAUUACAAGUUCCACGAGCAGCAACACAGCAUUGUGAAGGAGUACCCAAAUUUUGUUCAAGAUGAGUUACAACGUUACGAUCAGUCUGUCUGCAAGUUCUUCGAUGUUGAUAGACUUCAUCCCAAUGAGAGAAAACUGAAGCAGAAUGAAGAGAUCGCUGAACAAAAUAAACUUAGGAGACAAUUACGAAUAGCUGCCAAUUCACGUAUCCAAGGAACUCCAAGCCCAGCUGAAAACAGAAGUGUGCAAUCAAGAUCUGGGAGUGUGUCAGUGACCUCUCGAGACUCCACCUCAAGUGCACCGAGUACUCCGGCACAACUGGCAGUCAAAGAGGUGCUUUCCUCUAAGCAAGGAACAACAUUUUAUGUUCUUACGAUAUCUGAAGACGCACCCCAACCAGAAAAAGAUGCAGAGCUGAUGGAUCUUGAUUCAUUAGAGAAGUCUCCAGCAUCAAGCUAUAUGAUGCCUGUAAUGGAGAAGGUUAUAAUAGACCAAGAGUUGUUCCAACAAGUCAGAAGGGAAAUGAGAAUGGCGUUCAUCGAUCACCUUGAGGAGUGGUCUGUUCAAGCUGUAGAACGUGCAAACAGCGUCGUUGCUGCCAAGAUUGAAGAAUUGAACAGUGAACUUGAUCUAAGACUGCACUUGCACGGCCCGCGUUCACGGCGAGCAGAGUUGGAUAUUCACAACGUGAGGGCAGCGGAGUUGGUGAUGCACCAGGAGCGUGUAUCACGUCACUCCAGGGGUAUUACCGCAGCUCUCAAAGACUGUAAGGAUCGCUUCGUUAACAUGCAACAUGAACAUGAUAAACUGGCAGAUGACUUUAAAGAAGAAAUUGACUCAUUGGAAUCGAUUUUUGUUAAUGCCACGAAAUCAUCCAUGUUGUCGGUACUCUCCACUCAAGUGAGUACAAAACUUGAGAGUUACAUGCAGGUAAUCAGGGCUUCCCUCCGCCAGUUUCGUCAAUACUUAGAUGACACCCUUCAAAUGUUACGAGAGUCAAAUGCAAGAUUUAUUAGAUCUUUCAAGUUGUUCUCUGAUGGAGGCAAUUUCUGCCCAGAAGAGAUAGAUGGUUACAAGAAAAAGUUGGAAAAACUUGCAACGAAGAUUGAUUCAGCUGAAGGAUUUGUGAUGGCAGACCUCGAAGGAAUGGAGGCAAGACGCUUACAACAAGCAUCAGAAAUUGCUACCAAGUUUGAAGAUAGGUUCAAGCAUCAUCUGUUUGACUUGACAUUUGUUGAGAAGCUUACUCGCUGGUUGACUAAUACACAAGUCAAGAUUAAAGCAGAAGUAGCUGACAGUAAUUCACAAGCUCAGAAACUUUUACAUCAUUUGAAUACGGUUGAAAGACGGAUUGAUGCAUGUCAAAGACCAAACCUGGACAAAGAGCAAAUUACUGCAUGGGAACUGAUGGAUAGCCUACCAGACAUUUUCAAUUCAUUUGAAGAGCGAAGCCACUACUUGAAUUGUUCUGAACACCAGAGACCGCCACCCUCCGCCACCUUGAACGGCAACAUCGUAAUAAGUGGAAAGGUAGGGUUCCAGGCAGAACCAAGCCAACAGGCACCACAAACACAUACUGUGGUGACAGUGAUGAAGGCUGGGAAAACGCAAGUUGAAGACUCAGCUGUUGGCUUGAUUAAGAACAUUCUGUCGUCUCAGAGAGUAAAAGCCAGAUUGGAAUCAGGACAAGACAAUGAGGAUCAAAAAAGUUUUCCAAAGCCACCUGGAACUCAGUCCAGCUUACAAGCGGAUGAGCCGAAGAGCAAAUGUUCAUCCCGACCCCACACCAAGCCUACAGACAAAGAAAGACUUAAGGUAGUCUCCGGUAGAAGAAGCACUGCAACAAGCUUGGAAAAUAAUCCACGAAGGAGUGCUUCAGGUCAUCAACGGAACAAAAAUCCUGCUCUAAAAUUUGAUGCUAAGUACUAUGUUUUUGGUGAAAAACCAGAACGAGAAGUACAUUUUCUGGCAACCAUUCGUCGUAUUCUGCAAGAAUCUCUUGAUGGUCUUCUCACUACAGCUGAUAUGUACUAUCGCCAGAAAGGAUUACGACUUCCAACAAGGCCCCAAGCUAUCCAUGAAACGUUUGAGCAGUGUGCUGAUAUUAUUGUCACCAAAUUGCAGUUAUACUACACGCAAGCUGACAACUACCACAACCAUUGCUUACAAGAAUUCCGUGAACAACUGGAACGUGCUGAGGUGAGUUCGUCUCAUGUACCACCUCUGAUAAUAUCAGAAGUCUUAAAAGAGCACAGAGGAUUGUUCACAGGCAAGAGGGCCGACCUGGACCACAUCUUCAACAAGUCUCUUCUUCGCUGGAAACAUCAGAUGGAUUCGCACAAAACACUGCUAAGGCCAACACUGGGUCACCCACAUCAAGCCACUAAGCUGGCUGAACUCUGUGAAAAUGAAGCUAAGAGACAUGAAGAAUAUAUUGAUGGAGUUGAAAAACAGGCAAACACUUUGAAGGAAUGUGCGUAUGACUUGGGAGCUGAUUUCAUAAACAAAUUGGCUUGUCUGUCUGAGCAGGUGCUUCUACUCUUUGACAAGUUACUCACUGUUGAUGAGGUGCAUACUGCAAGGGUGGAAAAAAAGAAACUGAAAACAAGUACAUUGAUACGGCGAAAACAGGCUGAUAUGGCCUUGGAAGACACCGAAUACGAACCGCUGAUACAACGAGGUAGCAAAGUAUGGCCUGGAGUCGCCAAGAACCUCAUGAUGGAAGGAACAACACCGGAUGAUACAAAUUUCACUGCUUCUGUAACCACUGCUAAAACAACACUUGGUCACCAGAAACUAAUCACAAGUAGAGACAAUGCUUUCAAGGAAUAUCUGCAAGAUUUUGAAAGAAAUCUUGCAGAGAUAGCAAAGCAGAGGGAGGAACAGCUAAUGGUUGAACAGCGUUGGGAUGAAAGUUGGCAACGUUCAGUUAUGAAGGUUAAGGAUCUGUAUUGAAAUGCACAAUAUAAAUUCAUGCCUAGAUGCAAUGGAAGUACCUCUUGUUUUUGUAAUCAGUAACUACUUUAUUAAAAUUAUAUACAGAUGAUAAAUAUUUACUCAAGGGAUUAAGCAACUUGAGCUCAAAGCACAGGCAAUGUACAUCAUACUAAUAAAUAAAUAUAUAUAUAUUGCUAUUUGCUCUUAAUGAAUUAGCACAGUUGAACCUAAGAUGGCAUUAAAAAAUUGUUUGACUUUAGAUAAAAUUAGACUUUACAGAUUGUUAAUUAAUGAAAAAAAAAAUUGGCAUGUAAAAUAAGAUCGAUAUUAUUAUUAUUAGGCAAGUUUAACUGUAUAUAAAUACUACAAUGUAUGUAUUUAUGUAUUUAUGCUGUACAUACAUAAAUAUGUGUAACUGGUAGUCUUGCUUUAAAUCCUGAUGUGUACAGCGCAGUUUGUCAGAACUUCUUCUAUUUAAUCUUAGACCAUUCCAUUCAAUAUUUUAAUAUAAAGUUUUACAAAUUUAUAUUUACCUUCGGUUGUUAUUGUAAAAAUUACAUAAACAUUGUUUUGUAUAAUAUAAUGGUUGUUGCAGUGAUUGUUAUUCCGUCCAUUUUUAAUUAAGCAUUCCAUCAUUUCUUCCAUUAGAAGUUUAAUUUAAGUUUAUGAUGCUAAUAAAUUAAUGUUUAUGUAUAGUUUACAUAAAUGGUUUUGGUUUAUUCUUUUUUUUUUUUGUACAGAAUUUACAUUGAAAUUUCAUUUGUGUUUAUAUGAUUGUUUUGUUGGGCUUUAUUGAGAUUGGAGCCUUAUGAACUGAAGUUUAAUAAAACUUUAAUUGAAUUUGUAGUUUAGAAAUGUUGUUAAUGCAUAUGUUAUGUUGUAUGGCUGGGCAGGCAGAAAGCAUGCUUUGUGUCCUAAUCUGCAUAUCAUUUUCCAUUAUUAUUUAUGGACCAAGAUAAUGUUUUAUAAUAUAGUGGUUGAGUAUUAAUCAAAAUUUGAAUUUUAACUGAAUCCUCUUUAAGUAUGUUGUCUCAAUAAGGUAGUCUAAUCCAGAGUGGAUUUCAAGGUUGUGUAAUCUAGAGGGAUCUACAUCCUGAUUUUUUUCUACAUCCUCUCAAUAUUUAUUCAUCUUAAUGUCAUCAUUUUUAUACUGCCAUGAUGUCAUCAAGUUAUCAAGUUUACUUAAAAUAAAACAAGGGA